UUAUAUCUUGUGAUUCCAAGGGAAGGAAUUUUAUGGCUUUAUUUCUGCCAACUAUUUGGGCAGUAGUCAGAACCCAGGUUGUAAGAGUAAGAUUAGCAGUGCUUAAACUCUGCUUUCCAUAGAGAGAGUUUUUGAGAAGUCAAUGAAGAUGUAAAGAAGAAGACUGAAACUGGAGAAAUUGGAGCACCCUCUCAGCAACAACAGAACCACAAUACAAUUACAUAUAGACUGAAGUGAUUUUGUUCAAGGACUGUAAAAAGCAGGGCAGCUAACUGGAUUACAGAAAUAAUGGCUCUGGUCCUUCACAUUUUGGCUUGCAUUUUUGGUGCUGGUGCUUGGGUGGCUAUCAAUGGCCUUUGGGUGGAACUUCCUGUAAUAGUGAAUGAUCUUCCAGAAGGAUGGUACUUACCCUCAUACUUGACCAUCAUCAUCCAACUGGCCAACAUUGGGCCUCUUAUUGUCACACUCAUGCACAAGUUCAAGCCAGGCUGGCUGAAUGAAGUUGCUAUUAUAUAUACCAUCAUUGUUUUGGGUAUUGUUGCCUCUUUCCUUUUGGCGUUUUUCUGGAGAGAGACAACAUGGGUUGGAGGAGAACUUCACAGCACUGGGUUCCUGGCACUGACCUUCUUUUUGUCCAUAGUGGAUUGUACCUCUUCAGUGACUUUUCUUCCCUUCAUGAUGAAGCUGGAGGCACAAUACUUGACCUCCUAUUUUGUCGGUGAAGGCCUAAGUGGGUUCAUUCCAGGCUUGCUCUCUCUAAUUCAGGGUGUUGGGAUAGUGAAGUGUGUUAAUGUAACUGAAUCUGACAAUGGCACCCAAAUCAUAACCAGCAGCUCCUACAAGACAGAUCAGCUGGAAACCCAAUACCUACCUGCUAACUACUCAGUCCAAGUCUUCCUUUUCCUUCUAUGCAUUAUGAUGGCCUAUUGUUUGAUAGCCUUUUACUUGCUAACAAGGUUCAGCUCCAAGCAGCAUCUCCUUCAGAGCUCCAUAACGCUCUACAAUUCUUCCUCCACCAUCAACAGCAUUAGGAAUCCUACAGAAAUGGAACUAUGCGAAGCAAAACAAGAGGACACUAGUGCCCCAACCAGGGAUAAUCUUCCUAGAGCAGAAUUUAAUACUCAAGAGAUUUCUUGUGGCCAGUAUGCUCUGAUAUAUUGCCUCAUUGCAUGGGUCAAUGCCCUCACCAAUGGGGUCCUUCCUUCUGUACAAACUUACUCUUGCAUGCCCUAUGGCAACCUAGCCUACCAUCUGUCAGCAGCCCUUGGAUCCAUGGCAAACCCUGUGGCCUGUCUCAUCGCCAUGUUCUUACCAUGCCAGUCUCUUCUUGCUUUGGUGCUAAUGUCAACUAUUGGAACUGGAUUUGGGAUUUACAAUAUGGUGUCAGCUGUACAGAGCCCAUGUCCCAUGCUGCAGGGAUCCAACUGGGGCAUAGCCCUAAUCGUGAUCUCAUGGGUGCUGUUUAUUGGAAUGCUCAGUUAUGUUAAAGUCAUGAUUGGAAUCAUCCUGCGCAGCCAGAGUCACAGCGCCCUCCUAUGGUGCGGAGCAGUGGUACAGCUUGGAUCAAUGAUUGGUGCCCUCGUCAUGUUUCCAUUGGUCAACAUUUAUGGCUUCUUUCAAUCAGCUGAUCUCUGUAACUCCCAGUGUACAGGCUAAACUUUCCCAAUGGC